GAGUGUUUGUAUUUGGCGCAGUUUGGAAGAGACGCAUCUUUUGUCUUCUUACAAAUUAUAAAGUAUUUUUUACCAGAACAGAAGGUUUAUAUUGUUCACACUUAAGACACCCAAACACACAAGAUGCUGCGCCACGAGCUGGGCACCAACAUCACAGCCAUUGUCAACAGGCUGGCGUCAGAGCUCCAAAACACACCCUUCUACCCAGACUUCCUCGCUGAUGUUCAGACGACAAUGGCAACGCAGAACUUUAGUAGAGAACGGUUUGCUGGCGAGUGUUAUGAGUGGGCGCAGGGCAGCUCCCUCGACACCCGCCUUCGAAACGCCCUCUACCACCUAAUGCACGUCCAGCCCACUCUCCUAGCUAACCCUGACACCCCCAGACACGUCCUCAAAGAACCCCUCGCCUACAUCAGGAAGGCUCAGAGUUCAUGGGAGCGUCGACUGGUGAAGUGCGUCAACAGCAUGGCGGCAGAGCUAAAUGUGCCUCUGGCCCGGCGGAGGACCAAACAAGAGAGGGAAGACAUCGCCGACCGCUGGGCUGACCUCUCGACAGACGAAAACGAUUUGUCGAUGAUCCGGCCGGUAUACGCCCCUAAGGACUUCUUGGAGGUGCUGGCCAACCUGAGGAACCCCAACUACGAUGAAACCAUAGAAGAGAACCUGUGGGGGAGUAUUCAGCUUCCACUCAAGGUGAACGACAUCAAGGGCUUGGUGGAGUUGUACGGAGAACUGGCCUGCUGCUGUAAACACACGGGCCUGGACGAGGGUGUAGCGGGAGAAUACAAGCCUAACCUCACCCUGGCUGAGGAGAGACUUGUCAUCGGACAGAAAGUGGUGGAGAGGAACCAUGGACCAUUGAGCCGGGAGCUGUGUAAGACUGGGUGCCCCGCCAGCCUGAGAGGGACUCUCUGGCACCAGGUGCUAGGCCUUGAGAUCACUGACAAGCACUGUAAGUACUUCGAGGAGCUGGUGCAGGGGGUCCUGCAACACGAACUGCUGGUGGACAAACUCAUCAUGAAGGACUUACAGCUGACAGCCUCCAAUGAUGACCAGUACUUCGUGUUUGAAGACAUAUUGUUCCAGGUGUUACUAUGUUUCUUCCGAGACACGGAGGUACUAAGCCACUUUGAACACAGCAGUGCCUCACCUCCCCUGGCAGCAGCUCGGGGCAACACUCCCUCUCCAGACUCCUUGGUGGCCUACCCACCCUGCGGUGUUAUCCCCUUCCACGGCUUCACCAUGUUCGCUGCACCUCUCAGUUGCCUGUAUGAGGACCCUGUACAUCUAUACUUCACCUUCAGGGAGAUGUACUGCCGCUAUUGGUACCGUCUUCACAUCGUCACCAGCCACCCGCAGGGCGCGGCAGCUCUGGCUCUGCAGUUCGAGUUGUUGCUACAGAGUUGUGAAACACGACUCUGGCAACACUGUGCCGCCAUGAGCAUACAGCUACUGCCCAUAGUAUUCAAAUGGAUGGUGAGGGGGUUCAGCGGGUACCUGAUACCUGACCAGCUGUUCCACCUAUGGGACGUCGUGCUGGCCUGGGAGUCUGUCGAGGUACUACCCGUCCUUGCCCUCGCUAUCGUCAGCUUCCGCCGGGAGAACCUUAUGGACGUUACCUCCCAGCAGGCUGCUGAGUCGGUGCUGGCAGACAUCACCGCCAUCCGGGUCAUCCCUCUCCUCAAACUCGCCCUCGCCGCUGACAGGAAUCGGGACAGGGAAACCUGAGAGAUGCUUUCCUCGCCACACCUCUUGCCACGCCCCUCCCUGUCUACCUCAUGUACAUUGAAAAAUGUAAUUAAAAAUUCCAAGGGUCA